AUGCUCAACUACGACGAGUUCAAGCGGGCGGUGGAGGCCGAGGAGUUGGACACCGUGAUUGUGGCCUUCACCGAUCUCACCGGUCGUCAGCUGGGCAAGCGCUACGACGCCGAGUACGUGCUGGACCACUACCACGACUUCGAGUCGCAUGCCUGCGACUACCUGCUCACCAUCGGCGUCGACAUGAACCCGCUCGAUGGCUUCAAGGCUGCCAACUGGCAACGUGGAUAUGGUGACUUCCAUCUUGUGCCGCGCAUGGGGAGCCUCCGACACGCUGCGUGGCUCGACCGCACCGCCUACCUCGUUUGCGACGUCGCCGAUCGGGACACGCACCAGCUCCUCACCCACGCGCCGCGCACAGUGCUGAGCAAGCAGGUCGAGCAGGCCCAGAAGGACGGCUUCGGUGCCCUCUGCGCGUCGGAGCUCGAGUACUUCAUCUACAACGAUACCUACGAAACCGCUUUCAAGAAGGGCUACAAGAACCUUCAGACCGCCGGCUGGUACAGCGAGGACUACCACAUCCUUCAGGGAACGCGCACGGAGGACCUGCAGAAGGCGGUGCGGUACUACCUGAAGAAGUCGGGCAUCCCGGUGGAGAGCUCCAAGGGCGAGUUCGGCCGGGGCCAGCACGAGCUCAACGUCGCCUACUCCGACAUUCUCACCAUGGCCGACAACCACGUCCUCUACAAGCAGUGCUUCAAGGCAUGGCCCUCUCUCGCCCCUGAAGUGGCGGAGGCGCAGGGCAAGAGCGUGACGUUCAUGGCGAAGCCCCACCACGAUGAGGCGGGGUCGUCGUGCCACAUCCACCUGAACCUCACCUCGGCGGAGACCGGCAAGAACGCGUUCGCGGGCGACAAGGACCUCCAGGGCAUCAAGUGCUCCGACACCUUCCGCCACUUCCUCGGCGGAUGGAUCAAGUACACUCCCGAGAUCAUGCCGUUCCUCGCGCCGACGAUCAACAGCUACAAGCGGUACCAGACGGCGUCGUGGGCGCCGACCAGCCUCGCGUGGUCGCCCGACAACCGCACGGCGGGCUUCCGCAUUGUGGGCUCUGGCAAGUCGCUCCGAAUCGAGUGCCGCAUCCCGGGCGCCGACGUCAACCCGUACCUCGCCUUCGCCGGCUCGCUCGCCGCGGGUCUCGAGGGAGUGCGGAAGGGCAUCGAGCCGCCGCCCAUGAUGUCGGGCGACGCCUACCGCGCGCCGAGCACCACCAAGGUGCCGGUGACGCUCAACGAGGCGGCCCACGCGCUCGAGGAGAGCAAGUUCGCGAGACAGGCGUUCGGCGACGACGUGGUGGACCACUACGCGCACUACUACAAGAAGGAGGUCGAAGCAUUCAGGAAGUCCGUGACCGACUGGGAGAAGCAGAGAUACUUCGAGCAGAUCUAA